AUGUCCACCGUGGACGGGGCUUUUCUGUCCUCAGAGGUUUGGACUCCAAAAAUAUGGCUAUACGAUCGCGCAGACGGAAGUCAGACCCCGGAAAACCAGGCAAGAUUCCCACCCAAGGAGCUCACAAGCUCCAUGGACUUCAAUACCGAUGUCGAUGCAGGAGAUAUUCUCUCUCUCUUUAUAAUGAGCCUAAGCCAGACUGGCGGUCAACAGUACCGGACGAGCUUUUGGUCAGUAUACAAUGACUUGGCGCAGAACAAUCCAGAGGUCCUUCAAGUGCUGGCCAGCGAUUGGAGAUAUGAGAUGAAGAAACAGCAAGGCGUGCAAGUGAUCCAUCGUCCUGUCAUUUGCUGCGUCGACAACAAAGUUCAGAUCAACUUUGCUACCGCCUUUCUUAAAGGCUCUGGUUAUAUUCCGCGGCAGACUGACAGCCCUGGCCUCACAGUGCAACAAGAAGAUGCUAUCAAAACACUUCUUCGGACGUGUCGCAAGCACAGCAUGGGUAUAAGCCAGGCUUCUGGUGACAUGCUUUUCGUAAAUAACCUCUGCAUUCUUCACGCACCGGACAGUUUUGUAAACGAUGGAGCAUCUGGAAAGAUUCGUCGGCUAAUGAGCCUCAUGCUUCGAGACCCCGAGCUGGCCUGGCGAAAGCCAACCGCUACAGCUAUUGAGAUGGGCAAAAAGUUUGCAAAACUAGACGUGCCACAGUUUAUGGGAACAGUGGAGCAUUAUGAAGGCUUCCGCGCCAAGUUUGCAAUGCUUCGUCAUGACUAA